AUUUCCAUCCUGUCUUGACCUCUGUGCCAAAAAGAUAAGCUCAAAAGCUAGGGUUUGGAAAAGCGAAGGAAUCGUAUCGAUUUCUAAUUUUCGUUUUCUUUUCUGCACCUGCAGCUUCUCAGAGAAAGGGGCUUAUCACUUGCUGUUGAAAAAGUUGAGGGGCUUAGAAUGGGUUUUUGCCCUGUUUUAAACUUUUUGCUUCCACUUUCUCCUCCGUUCUUCUUUGUCUUGGUUUGGCCACGACGACGAGAAUUAGGGGAAGCGAAGGGGAAAGGUAGCGAUGCAGCAGGCUGUUGCUUCUCAGAGCCCUAAGGUUCUGAUUCUCCUGGGUGCAGGUUUGACUGGUUCGAUUGUUCUGAAGAAUGGGCGUUUAUCUGAGCUCAUUGCACAGCUUCAGGAUUUGCUGAAGGAUGUGGAUAAAGUUGAAUUUUUACCUUAUAAAUACGAUCAUUCGCUCCUCGCAGCUCAGAUUAGACAAUUGGCCCAAGAGAUAAAGGAAUUAUCAAUGUCAAAUCCUGUAACCAUCCUGAAUCGGAACUCAGAUUCUAGUGGUGCUUCCACACUUUCAAAGGCUUAUAGACUUAUAGUUGAUUAACAUGCUGUCUGUCAGGUUCUUGGGUUUUUUUUUUUUUGGAUGAAAUGUGAAAUUUAUUUAUCCAAUAAUACUUCAAUGUACAAUAUAGUAGCUAUAUAUGGUUGAUACAUGGGAACAAUCAAAAACUAAUAAACGGAUAACUAGUCU